AGCUUUUUGCCCUCGAGGCCUUCAGGUUUUAUGAAUGGAGGAAUAGAAAAGCCCGUGCGAUUGCGGAGCGUGUGUGUGUGUGUGUGAGGGAGGUGGUGGUAGGGGUUGGCUGGUUGGCUCCUGGUGCCAUGGGCAUGCGUUACUCUCGCCUGGCAUUUAAAAGAGAAGGAUAUAAUCUGUGGCUCACAUGGCUGAUGUACCAGAGAUUGGAACGAAAGGAAAGGAAGUUGAAGAAGCAGACAGUGCAACUGCCAAAGAUCUGAAAGUGGAUUCUUCUGUCAGUGAUAAAACAACUGUGGGUCAAAGAAUCUGUGAUACAGAUGAAAAGGAAGAUGGGAAUGCUCCUGAACCAAUCAAGUUGGGAAAAAGAAAAUUGGAACAUGAAUCUGAAGAGAGCCCUGUGAAGAAAGCUCAUACAGAAACUGUAGCAGCACAUUAUAAUAAGCUUGAGGAAGUUGGAUUGGAACAACGGAGUCUGAGUCGCAUUUUCUAUCUUCGAAAUUUUAACAACUGGAUGAAGAGUGUUCUCAUUGGAGAAUUUCUCAACAAGGUACGGCGGAGAAAGCAAAACAUUACUGUUCUAGACCUGGGAUGUGGUAAGGGUGGAGACCUGCUUAAAUGGAGAAAAGGAAGAAUUACUAAGCUAGUGUGUACAGAUGUUGCUGAUAUUUCUGUGCAACAGUGCAAACAGCGAUACAUGGAUAUGAGAAGUCGUGGUCGCUCAAAUGACAGAAUUUUCAGCGCAGAAUUCAUAACUGCUGACAGCACCAAGGAGCUUCUUUCUAAGAAGUACAAUGAUCAGAACAUGUGCUUUGAUAUCUGCAGCUGUCAGUUUGUAUAUCAUUAUUCAUUUGAGACAUAUGAACAAGCUGACAUGAUGCUUAGAAAUGCAUGUGAGAGACUUUGCCACGGAGGAUAUUUCAUUGGGACCACUCCAGAUGGCUAUGAACUUGUAAAACGUCUUGAAGCUUCUCAAACUGAUUCAUUUGGGAAUGAGGUAUAUACAGUAAAGUUUCAGAAGAAGGGAGAAUAUCCCUUGUUUGGCUGCAAGUAUGACUUUAACCUGGAAGGAGUGGUUAAUGUCCCUGAGUUUCUUGUCUAUUUUCCAUUGCUAGAAGAGAUGGCAAAGAAAUAUGGCAUGAAACUAGUCUACAAAAAAACUUUUCUGGAAUUCUUUGAAGAAAAGAUUAAGAAUGAAGAGCAUAAAAUGCUUUUGAAGCAAAUGCAGGCAUUGGAGCAAUACCCUGCGGAUGAACGUUCUAGACUGGCAUCAGAUAAAAAAGAGGACUAUGCGCAUGCAGAAUUGUCCAAGAAUGAUGAAAAACUGAAGUUACCAUUUGGAACACUAAGCAAGUCUGAAUGGGAAGCAACAAGUAUAUACUUGAUAUUUGCAUUCGAAAAGCAACCAUAGAAGAAACACUGUAGAGAGCUACUUCAAACUAUCUAGCAUCCAAAGUGACAGCUACUUUAUAUUUUUAUGUUUUAAGAGUGUGCGGGACACAACCAAAUGGAGCAAGCUUAUGUACAAGUUGCGGUUGCCUGUCUGUGACAGAAGUAUCUUGUGUGCAUUUGUAUAAAAGUGAGGAAGGAGUUGGAAUUCUUCUGUGGGAUUGGGUUUCUUUUUUUUAAAACUCCAGUGCAUGUUUUUAAUGUUCAGUGUGCGUGAAAAAAACCCUGUGCUACAUAGUAGAUAAACUAUAAAGUGCUGAUAGUAUAUAGCUGUCAUAUGUGUGAUGAAUUUGUCAGGCUACCUCCACAGCUUAGGAAACAAGGAAAGGAGGAUUUUUGUAGAUUUCAUCUAGCUGUGUUGUCAGAAGUUACAAUUGACUAGCUUUGGGUAGAUGUAGCUCCCUCCAAGUAAGUUUGGAUCUACCCAGGUUAAAUGUUUACUUGAAGUGACCCAUCAUUGUUGAUUAGCUGUACAGGAUUGUAAAGAAACACACUAGCAAAGGUAGAACUAAGCAACAGCUGAAUCCAGCACCCACAGACUCCACUGAAAAAUCCCGGCAUCUGAUGAAGAGCUUCUGGGCACUUCUGUUUACAGAGCAUUCCUGUGUGGGUUUGUUGGUCAGCCCCUUUUGACACACCAGUUUCAUCAUAACUCAGGUGGGCUCUUUACCUGAGUUCCACAGUGCAGUAUUUUCUGAGUGUUAAAUGAUUGUAAUAGUGGUUUUGGGUGGGAUGGAGGUGAAGGAAGCCUAGUUUGCUAUUCGUGGUCCUUGAUGUGUUAUUUGCUUUCCAUAGCAUGUAUGUCAUCAAGAUUAAAUAGAUUUUGAUUCUGUA